UUAACAAUUUCCCUCCAGAAGUUUCAGCAGAAGGCUGUGAAGCAAACUAAGCAGAAGAAAUCCAAGUCGGCUGAAUUUCUGAUGGUUAAAGAAGAUAGAGACACAAUGGAAGGCAUUAUCAACCCAGCUUUUCACAUGAGCAGCCCGGAUCUCUCAGCAUCUCAGACUUCUACAAAGAGCGUUAUUAGAUGUGACACGCUGGAUCGCACCCUUGCAGCUCAUCCACAAGGAUUCCGGCUGCCGGCCUCUUCAGAACCAAAAGGAAAUGAAUACAGCAGAAAUUACUUUGACCCACUGAUGGAUGAGGAAAUAAACCCAAGGCAGUGUGGGAUGGAGGUCAGCAGAGAGGGUGAUGACGCAAUUCUCUAUAAUCGAUUAAUGAAGCUGUUUGAUGGGAACGAACGAGGAGAGCCCCAAGGUGGGAGCAUCAAGGAGGACAUGUUGGAUUCUGAAGCCCUCCAGAGUUCCAAGGGAACUGAAACCUCCAAAGAGGACAAUGAAGCCAUUACUGCUGACAUUGAGGAGUUGGAAAAACAUGCUCAGAAAGAGGCAGUUCUGCUUGGGAGUUCGCCAUUCCAGCAGGUCAGCAUCAACAAUGUACCCCAAAGACCCUUCAAGAGAAGUGCAAGUGAACGCUUAAAGGAACUUGGAGGUGCAGCCACAGAUCCCAUCGCUGUUGAGAAGUGGGGUGAGGAUCUGAAAUUUGAGGGGGAAGAAUUCAACCAGUACAUCCCCAUGUCCCAUUUGAAGAUGGACAGAAUCUUUGGGAGAACUCCACGUCAACCAUAUGUUUCAAGUCCACGUGUUUGUAAACAGGAGAGCAUCCCGAAGGCUGGCACCCUCACACAAGUAACUGAUGAGCUGAAGGGACCAGAGAGAUCUUGCUGUAAGGUUGAACAGUCUCCACUGCCUCAGCCUCUUCAAAUACAGAUCAAAUGCAUUAGGGGCCUCAAGGACAGGGCUCCCCACGGUUUUUACCUUCUUAGAGCAUCUUUGCUUGAUCGACCAGGAAGCCACGUCUUGCCGUGGUGGCAAAUGGAGCAGAUGAAGAUUCAGUCACACCCAGUUAGGCAUGGUGGGAACUUUUACGACGUGGGGUUGUAUUUCCAUGAAAGCCUUUACGUGGCACUGCCUCCCAAGAAAGCUGUGAGACCUGGCCUGGCUUUGUUAUUUGAACUCGUUCUUCUUCGUGGGACAUACACUAGCCUUGACCGUGUUGUGGGCUGGGCAGUCUUCCCUUUGUGUGACAACAACUUUGAUGUAAUAGAUGGAAAAUUCAAGUGUCCCCUACUCCGUGGACAUUAUGACCGGAAAGUUGGUAGCUUCAGGGAAAUUGAAGACUUGAUUUGCCUGGAUUUGGACCAUUGGCUGGGCAAUAUUUAUUUUCAGGUCAUGAAGCUUCCUUUGCAUGUGGAUGAUCCAAACCAGUUUGAAAAUCAUACUCAACCUUCCCUGGAAUUCCGGGCCUGUUUAACGACAGGGGAAGAGAAAGCAGAAGUGGGUGUGGCUAAUCUCUCUGGAAAAGAAAAGGAAAACAUUUUGGAAUCAACGAAAGAGAAAGCUGAGUUCACCUCUCAUUCUUCCCUAGACUUGCAAGUUUCCGUAAGAACUGGAUCCUUUAGCAGAAUUCGUGCUGCUGGUGGUGGUCGUAGUUUAGCAGUGCCACUAGCAAGGUCUCAGUACCAGAGGUUUUACCAACAAGAGCCCUGGAGGAAUAAUUCUAAUAGAACUGGUUCCUGCCCUAAGGACUGUGAUAUCAAUUUCCUGAAAGAGGAUGAUGGACUACACUCCAAGGCUCUUUCCUUUGAGAAAAACAGUGGCCCUGGUCUUCAUCUGACCCGAUGGCACAGGUCAACAGAUCAUCUUGUGAAAGACAAAUCAGCUGUUUGGGCAGCUGGAGCACCUGAGGAUGCCUCACAGAACAGAUCGUAUCUGGAAGAACUGGAGCAGCACCGCUUUUCGGUUUGGUGUUCCUCGGGUGCUGACGGAAGCGGAUCUGGGCACUUUGGGAAGCACCUGCGCUUCGUGCUGAUGUCCGUGUCUUCGGAGCUCCAGCUCGCUCAGUGGCAAAGCCAGAGCUUCUGGUACACCCUCCUGCUGCUGGCUUCCGUGUGGUUUCUGAGGCUGCACCUGCACUACCUUGGCCAGUGGCUGUUCCUCCAGGCCAUUUCAGCUCCUGUUACAAAAUUCCAGUUUCUCCCUCACACAGUGGAGCUUUGCUACCCAGCCUCUUUACUUCACGUCGGAGAAGAGCUACCCAUGGUUGCAGUGGGGACUUUAACGCUGAAUGCAGUGAUACUUCUUCUGGUUCUGGUCCAAUGGGGCUGUCAGCUACUGUUUGCCUCCUGCCCUGACGUCUUGUCAAAGCUAAUCAUUACCAUGGGACUAUGGACAGUUCUAGACCCACUGGCAGUGUUUAUAGUGGACGCUAUCCUGGGGCGCUUUGCCUAUAACGAGGAGACGCCUGUGGCUGAUGCAGCAAAACUGUACUGGGUGUUUGUAAGAAUGGAACAACCGGCGAUUCUUGGCGUGGGCAUCACCGUGCUGGUUUACAUCGCCCUGUUGGGCAUUUCCUCCUUGACUUUGGAUCUGUAUUGUCUCAGGUUACGCACCCAUUCAUGGGUAUUAGAUGCAUUUCAGCGCAUCCACAGUGAUGAAAACAAGUUCUUUAUGCCGCAUGACUUGGAAAUUUCCAACCAGGAGCUAAGUUAUAUAGUGAAGAGAUCUGAGCAAUGGAGAGGAAUGAAUGGCGAGAGGAGGAAGGUGGCAGUGUGUGAUUACAUCUGGAACAGCCCUGGCCUCCAGUCCAGUGUUGCCAGCUGUGACCUCCGACACCAGCAAGAGACUUGUGUGACUGCACUUGGUCCAGAAGAUGUCACUUCUCAUGUGUCCAUACACACUGUGUAUCCCGGUGGAUUCCAGGAGCUGUAUCGCCACUUUCUCAGGCUGCCUGGUGGUGCCAUUGUUGAGGUGGAUAUGUUUAUCGUCUAUCAAUUUAAACCCUGUCGAACAAAAUUUGCACUUCAUCUCGCGGCCAUGGUGGAUUUUGGUGUGCACACAUUUGGACGUCCUCUCAUCUUUGGCGCAGCAAAUAGAGUACCUGCGCUCUUUGUUAAGUUUGUUGGAGUAAAUGACCAACACCAGUCUCAUCCAGAUGGUUCUGUGGUGUUCAUCCGAGGGUCUGGUGUGAUGCAACUGGGUGGGGAAGUGUUCGAGCCAGCUCAAGCGCCCCCUGGCGAUAACUGCGGGGUUCCUGCAGUCUCCAACACACUAAAGCUCUUCUGCUCCCACGUUUCUUCUUACCUGAGCGCUCUGGACUCUAAAAAUUCCACACUAACGAGAAGGUGCUAG